AUGAGCGCACAAGAGAACAUAGAAAUGACUUGCGCCGACAACGAAGAGAGAACGCACGUCGCAAGAAGGAUGCUGCCUCCCUGGAUGAUGGAUGGGUACCCACAUCGGGUGCAGAUAACCGAAGGACGCGACCCGCAAACACUUCAGACUCAAAUUGCCAAAGUCACUCCUAUACCAGAUUACAUAGAAGAUCUCGCGAAGCGCUUUGGAGAUGGAUUUGCCGCUCCACGGGCGAAGCCCGUGCUGCACCAGGGUGUGUUUCUGAUGGAGGUGAUGAAAAUUUUCUACAGCCGAGAGGUCCUUUACAUGAAUGUGGACCAGCUUACCGCCACUUUUCGUCAACACGGUGCUCGGCACGUUCUGCUCGGCUCGCGUCCACUCGUGGUAUUUCUAUACCAGACAACAUACGACCUCUUCGGACUUAUCCGCAUCGGACCGAACUUGUCUGGGAGGCCCGAAUCCCAAGGCGGACACGGUGUGGGUGAGUCCGUUGCUGUUGGCGCGGGAUACGCUCUAUCGAGCCUGGGUGAGGCUCUUUAUAGCGAUUUUUGUGCUGAGUCCUCCAAAUGGUUCCGGUCUGUAAUCAAUGGUUCUGUUCCAUUCAAGGCGUCAGGGGCUGAGCUUAACGUGGUUGAAGCCCUUCCCCCGGUGGAAGAGUCAGAAUCCAAGCGAUUUCCAUUCAAAUUUACCCACCACCAUGGUCCUCCAUUAUAA